AUGCAAAAUUUGACGAGGUUGUGCCAAACAAAGAGCAUUGUGACGGUUAAUGGCCAACUUCCUGGGCCUACUAUCACUGCAAGGGAAGGUGAUAGAGUUAUAGUUAAUGUGGUUAAUCAUGUUCGGUACAAUGUCUCUAUUCACUGGCACGGAAUCAGACAACUUAGGAGCGGAUGGGCUGAUGGACCGGCAUAUAUCACACAAUGUCCAAUUCAGACUGGCCAGAGUUAUGUGUACAACUUCACUGUAACUGGCCAAAGAGGGACCUUAUUUUGGCAUGCCCACAUUUCUUGGAUUAGAGUGACAGUUUAUGGAGCAAUAGUAAUACUUCCAAAAAGAGAAGUUCCCUAUCCAUUUCCUCAACCCUACAAAGAAGUCCCCAUCAUUUUUGGUGAAUGGUGGAAGGCUGAUACUGAGACGAUUAUUAGUCAAGCACAUCAAACUGGAGGAGCACCAAACAUUUCCGAUGCCUACACCAUUAAUGGCCUUCUCGGACCCUUGUACAAUUGUUUGGCUAAAGAUACCCUUAAACUGAAGGUGAAGCCAGGGAAAACAUACCUCUUGAGAUUGAUAAAUGCUGCACUCAACGAUGAACUUUUCUUCAGCAUUGCUAACCACAACCUCACUGUUGUCGAAGCUCAUGUAGUCUAUGUUAAACCAUUUAAAACAAACACAGUUUUAAUCACUCGUGGACAGACAACUAAUGUCCUUCUAAAGACAAAAAAAACCAUCCAAAUGCCACUUUCCUUAUGGCUGCUAGGCCUUAUGCCACUGGCCCUGCUUCAUUUGACAAUUCCACCACUGCUAAAAUCCUAG